CUGCCGGCGUGUACAGCACUGCUCGGAGUUUGUCACAGGAGUUGCAUUCUUUGUGACAGUUGUCGCCGAAUCUUAAGCUGCGUAGUCGAUCAACGGCGGUGUGACAUAAAAAUGGUUCUGAAAACACCGAAAGCCAAGUUCUACAAUGGCAAUGAAGUACCAAUUUUUGGUCUGGGCACGUGGAAGUCUAAAGCAGGAGAAGUUACCCAAGCUGUGAAAGAUGCUAUCGAUAUUGGCUACAGACAUAUUGACGGUGCUCACGUUUAUGGCAACGAGAAGGAAGUUGGUGCUGCUGUCCAGGCGAAAAUCGCGGAGGGUGUCGUUAAGAGAGAGGAUCUGUUUAUAACCAGCAAGUUAUGGAAUACUUUCCACAGGCCUGAUCUGGUUGAACCGGCCCUCAAACAAACGUUGGCUGAUCUUGGUCUUGAUUACAUAGAUCUCUAUUUAAUUCACUGGCCAGUUGGGUAUAAAGAGGGUGGACCUCUUUUCCCUACAAAUCCUGAUGGUACCGUCGCUUUGAGUGACGUAGAUUUUGUCGAUACUUGGAAGAUUAUGGAAGAUAUGCUUUCUAAAGGUCUGACAAAAAACAUUGGAGUCAGUAAUUUUAAUUCCGAACAAAUUACUAGACUACUUGAGAGUGCAAAAGUCAAACCAGUUACAAAUCAGGUCGAAUGCCAUCCGUACUUAACGCAGAAGAAAUUGUCAGACUUUUGUAAAGGAAAAGGCAUUCUUAUCACGGCAUAUAGUCCACUCGGAUCGCCAGAUAGGCCAUGGGCCAAGCCAGAUGAUCCAAAGCUGCUGGAAGACAAAAAAUUAAUUGAACUCGGACAAAAAUAUAAUAAAACACCUGCACAAAUACUUAUUCGUUAUCAGUUGGAUCGUGGCCAUAUAGUUAUUCCCAAGUCAGUUACUAAAUCACGAAUUGCUCAAAACGGUGAGGUAUUUGAUUUUAACCUUUCACCCGAAGAUAUCGCAUAUAUCGACAGCUUCGAUUGCAAUGGAAGAAUCUGUCCAUUAAUUGGCGCGAAUGACAGUCCCUAUUACCCAUUCAGCAUUCCGUUCUGAAGGAAUAAGCAAGU